GCGGCGGAAACGCGAGCCUUGGAGGAUUCCCGACGCUGACGUCAGACCCGCGCGGAACAGGGGAGACGUGGGGCAGCGAGUGACCAUGACGAAAUUAGCGCAGUGGCUGUGGGGACUGGCGCUUCUAGGCUCCACCUGGGCGGCCCUGACCAUGGGAGCCCUUGGCCUGGAGCUGCCCUCGUCUUGCCGGGAGGUGCUGUGGCCACUGCCCGCCUACUUGCUGGUGUCUGCUGGCUGCUAUGCCCUGGGCACUGUGGGCUAUCGCGUGGCCACUUUUCACGAUUGCGAGGACGCCGCCCGUGAGCUGCAGAGCCAGAUCCAGGAGGCCCGAGCCGACUUGGCCCGCAGGGGGAUGCGCUUCUGACACCCUAACCGAAUUCCCGCCUGGACAGCCUGCUCUCUCAUUCUCCCAUUAAAGAGCCAGUUUAUUUUCUAA